ACAUAAUGAAUACAUAUGUCCUUGACCCAAGGUGAUCAUAAACAGUAAAUUUUUAAAAGUAAUGAAAGGACUUCCGAUGCUUUUUCAAGAAACUGUAUCCCUUAUAAAGGAAUAUUUCUGGCCAAGAAGUGCGUUAGCUUUUUCCAAAGAAGAUUUUAAGGAGAAGUUAGACUAUAAUGAUAAAGCAUUUGAUCUAUUCACUGAAAUUAUGAAGUUUAGAAAUAUUUUAAAGCCAUGUGUGACGAAGCUUUACAAAUUUUGCAGUUUUACACUACUUCCGUCAUUCAAAAGCGAGUUUGUUUUUAUUUUUUACGUAUCACUACUUGGAAUGGAGACCUUUGGAGAAAACGGACUGAGGCACUUCCUUUGUUGUGUGAAAGUUCAAUAUUGUAAAGAAUUCCUUAGAUUUUUAUGUUCAUCUGAAGUAAUGCACGAACUGAAAUCGGAGUGGAUUCAUGUUUAUGAUGAAUCAUUUGUGGAUAAAUUUCUGAUUGAACCUCUAGUAAGAUGGACGCCUGUAUUUAUAGCCUUUCGAAAGUCUCUGGAAUCAGAAAAAAGUACAUUUGAUCAUAAGAAAACUACAGAAGUUAAACCAUUCAGGCUAACGCAACCAAAAACACGAUCUAUUCCUAUACCAGAUAUUAUUCCAAAAAUGCAUAAAAUGCGAGACCCCCCAUUGUCUACUUACAAUCAACCUCCGGAAAUUUCCUUAUUACUCAUGGAAAAAAUCAAGAAUCGUCAACAGGUUGAAAAGUUAAAAAUUCAGAGUGAUAGACUUAAGCCAAGAUGUGCGGACAUAAUUUAUGGUGAUGCAAAAAUAACGAAUAAUCAAAAUGAAUGUAAUUUUAAAGAUGAUUCGACAGUCAACAUAGAAGAUACCAGCAAUAAUAAAAGUAUGAUGAAUUCUUCAGUCAAAUUAGAAAGUCAAAGAACCAGCUCAAAUAAAAGAGAUUAUUUGUCUGUCUUAAACAAAACCGCAGUUGUUAAUACAAAUGCUGUUAGCAUAUUACGUGAGUGGAAAUUGUAUUCAGAUAGAGAGAGGGAACAAAGACAAAAACUUUGUGAAUUAGAAUCUGGAGCGUUUACAAAUGCUGCCUAUAAUUCUUGGAAACAAGAAGAGGAGAUGAAAAUUAAAUUAAAUCAAUUGAAACAAAUGGAACGUAAUCGUUUAAAUGUAAUGAUAAGUCAUGAAGCAUCAUCAACAGCUAAAUUUGAUCUUUGCUGUAAACGUAAAAUUGCGGCUAAUAAACUUAGAAAUGAAAAGCGUGCUAAACUGUUGGAAUUUUUAAAUGAAAAGAAAUUACAACAGGAUAAAGUGAAUAAAGUAGCCAAAGAAGUUGCUAGUUCACAUGAAAAUGCAAAAAUCGCAAAGAAGAAAUUGAUGGAAGAAAAGAAAAAAUCAGCCAGUGAAAUACUCAAGGAAAGUAAACAACUGUUAGACGAAGCUGUAAUAAAAGCUCAGGAGGAGAAGAGAAUGAAAAAAGAAUUGAUAAGGCAGAUUCAAGCGGAAGAAUUAUCGGCCAUAAUGACGAAAUCACGAAAUAUAAAACAAAUUGAUUUAACCAAUACACCUGGACAUGGUCUAUUAAAUGAAAUGUCCAUAGUUGAGUUAAGGGAACGCCUUAAUCAAUUGAAAAUUAAUAAACAACGUGAAUUAGAAGAGAAAAGAGAUGCAAUAAUAAAUGAUAAAGAACAGAAAACAAAAGUUUUAUUAGAGUUAUUAACUCGAAUUGGCAAGCAUAGAAGUGUAAAAACUAUAGCUGCAGCAAGAAAAAUGGUAAACAAUGGAGAAAAUGGGGUUCUAAUAUGUGACAUCGGUUUACUUGACUAAUGUUGACUGAAAAGCCACUAGAUAUCAAGGUGGAUUUAAGAGAACUUUUCUCUUCAUUCAAUAUAACUUGGUAGUAAAUACUGAUGAUACUGGACAGAAUAUUCAUGCUUAGUAUUGAAAACAAUAAUUUGGUUCAAUUAGUUGGAAUUAGAAAUACUCUCAUCAAUAACUGCAAAGUUACCAAGGAAGAAAUAUACAAAAAUGAUCCAUCACUGCAACAAAUGCUUGAUUAUUUGAGUAAACAAAAAGAAGAAAGACAAAUAUAUGCAAAGAGUGAUCAGUCAAAAAAAUUCAGAAAAUAUGUAAAUAAAGGUGUUAAAAAUAAGGAGAAUGAAUCCCUGAAAACAUUCUGGGAUGAACUUGAACGUCAAAGGGAACAAAGAUCAUGUAUUGAAACAGGGGCUACACAUAAUCCUUCAGAACACUUAAUCACGAGUCUCACGGCUUAGAUCAAAGGAAAGGAAGAAAUCUAAAACUGAUUCCUGAAAUACGCUUAAUGAAAAAAAACAAUGUUAUGGAAAGAUCUUCAAUUUUAAGUUCUUGCUAUAUUAAAAACGUUUUGUUUAAGACAUACAGUCAACUUGCCUAAUCGAUUUUAAUUAAUCAGAUUAAGUGAAAAUAACAACAGUAUUUCUGUUAACUAAUUCUGUAGUAGGUAUGAGAUAAAAUAAGCAUGUAAAAUGUAGUUUUCUAACCCUUUUAUGAAGUAAAUUUAUAUUGUAUAAA